GCCCGACGCGGGCAGGAGAUCAAAACUGCAAAACAGUAUAAGGUAAAGAGUUAUUUUGAUGGUCCUAUACAUAUAUAUACACACACCUAUAUAUAUAUAUCAGAUGUUAGUUCGAAACACAAUCACAGAGCAAGAAAGAAAAUGGAGACAACUUUCGGAGACGUUACGUUUGUUAUUACUGUCUUUCUAUUAUCAGCCACUCUCCUCCUUCUGAUCAGCCGGAAAAAGACCAGAACCGGCCGGCCGCCCCCGGGACCACCGGGUUGGCCGGUCUUCGGAAACAUGUUCGACCUCGGCUCGAUGUCACACCAGACCUUACACAGCCUCCGGACCAAGUACGGCCCAGUUAUCUGGCUGCGGCUCGGCUCAAUGAACACGCUCGUGGUGCAGUCGGCCAUGGCGGCCGCCGAGUUGUUCAAGUACCACGACCUCGAUUUCCCCGAUCGCAAGGUCCCCGACGCCCUCACCGCCUGGAACUACCACGAAGGAGGCUUGUCUCUCAACAGUUACAGCCCGUACUGGCGGCUGCUCCGCCGCCUCUACUCGGCGGAGUUUCUGAGUGCCAAAAGGAUAAAUGACACCGCCGCCAUGAGAAGGAAGUGUGUCGAUAACUUGGUGAAGUGGAUUGAGGCGGCAAACGGAGGCGAGGUGGACAUCGGGCAUCUGCUCUUCGUCGCGUUGUUUAACCUGGUUGGCAACCUGGUGCUUUCCAGAGAUGUUUUGAGCUCGGAAUCUGAAGAGGGGUUCGAGUUCUUCGACGCCAUGAACAACGUGAUGGAGCUGGGCGGGAAGGCGAAUCUGGCUGAUUAUUUUCCCUUCCUCCGACGGCUGGAUCCGGCGGGAAUGAAGAGAGAGAUGGUGAGAGAGAUGGGGCGAGCCAGGAGGAUCGUGGAGAAAUUCGUGAAGGAUAGGAUUGAAGAGAAAAAAUCGGGCAGAGAGAUUAAUGAUGAACACGACUUGCUGGACGUGCUCUUGAAUCAGAAAGGCGACGCCAAAGAUCCGCCGGUCCCGGAGUCAAAAGCUAUCAAUGCCAUACUGGAAAUGUUCUUUGCCGGAUCAGAAACAACAAGCAGCAGCACGGAAUGGGCAAUGGCGGAGCUACUGCAAAACCCUAGUUCAAUGAGAAAGGUGAAAGAAGAGCUGGACCGAGUCAUCGGAAGAAGCAGAAGCAGCAAGGUAGAAGAAGGGCAGCUGGAGGAGCUGCAGUAUUUGCAGGCGGUGGUAAAGGAAACGCUGCGAUUGCACCCGGCAGUUCCUCUGCUGGUGCCGAGGAACGCCGUAAAAGACACAGAUUUCAUGGGCUACUUCAUUCCCAAGGACACGCAGGUGCUCGUCAACGUGUGGGGCAUCGGAAGGGACGGAGAUUCCUGGGCCGAGCCCUCGGCGUUCCGGCCGGAGAGAUUCAUCGGCUCGAGCGUCGAGUACAAGGGGCAGAACUUCGAGCUGCUUCCGUUCGGGGCAGGGAGAAGGAUCUGCGUCGGGUACUCGUUGGCUCAUCGGACGAUUCUCCUCGUGCUGGCCACUUUGCUGCACCUUUUUGACUGGGAGGCCGCAGGCGGCGUCGAAAGUGUGGACAUGAGGGAGAGGAUGGGGAUAACACUAAGGAAGCUGCUGCCGCUGAAAGUAGUUCCAAGGCGGCGAGCAGAAUUAUUGACCGAAGACGAAGCCAAAAUCUGACGUCAGAUUUGAAUUCAAAUAAAGAACUUGGAACUUGGAGACUCGCUGAUGAUGAAUAAACUUAUUUAUUGUUAUAAUAUGGAGUUGUUUAUAUAUAUAUAUAUAUAUAUAUAUAUGUUAUUGGCAUUUCUAUAUAUAUGUUAAGGAUAUUUUCUGCUC